UCAUGUGUUUCCAGGGGGACAUAUAGGAGACGGACUUGUAAACAUUUCAAGCGUGGGUGCUUUUCUUAUCGGUGCACUGCUGCCACCUCGUAAUACGCUUUCGUUGUGGCGCUCGAGGCUAGCCUUUGCUCCAAGUUGCAGGCAUGGUUUCAGGAAAUGUGAUAGGUGGUCAGUAUAGCGAGCAAACAGCACAUAGAGGAUCUUUCCGCCGCAUUACUCACAACAGGUUUUCACUAAUGUUUUAAGUAAACUAGUUAGCUCAUCAGAGCAGCCUAUAGUGAAGGUAUGAAAUUACUCUUUCUUGCUUGUCUCAGCCCCCAAACUGGGAACCACACCACAGCUGAGAGGAUAAGGUCCCACAUUGAAUCAGCAGGACACACAUGUGAGCUCAGAGAUGCCGCAGAGUUUCGGUCUCCAGCUGAGGUGGCAAACCUAGUAUCACAAAAUCCUCCAUUUGAGGGUGCAUUGGCCAUUCACCUGUUUAGAGCCGGCAGACUUCUCUUAGACAUCCAAGUACCCUUUGGCGUUAUCUUUGGUGGAACAGAUAUAAAUGAAGAUGUGAAAGUUGAGCAGAAGCGUGUGGUUAUGGAGCAGGUUCUGCUGAAAGCCAGGUUUGCAGUUGCAUUUACUGAAAAACUGAAAGAAGAGGCAGAAUUAUUUUUGCUGUCCCAGAGCAGUAAGAUCUAUGUCCAGCCCCAAGGUAUUCAGACAGAAGUGAGCAAGAAAUUCUGCUGGACUGAAUUCUUGAGGAGCUCAGGUGUAAGCGCCGAGCACGUGGAUGAGCUGCGUGUCUUCCUGUUGGUCUGUGGCCUCAGAAGAGUCAAAGACCCCCUCUAUCUGGUGGACAUUUUUUCAGAGUGGCAUUGUGAGAAUCCGCAGAAUGCGUUGGUCAUUAUUGGGCCAAAGAUCGAUCCCGUAUUUACCGUUGAAGUGGAAGCUGUUGUUAAGAGAACAGCAGGGGUCUUCUUGGCCCAAGAGAGGAGCCAACAGGAGCUUCAUGCCGCCAUGAAAAGAUGCUUUGCCGUGGUUAACAGCUCCGUCUCAGAGGGCAUGUCAGCAGCCAUUUUGGAGGCCAUGGAUCUUGGGGUGCCGGUGUUGGCCAGGGACAUUCCAGGAAAUGCAGCCGUGGUGCAGCAUGAGAUCACUGGCCUGCUGUACUCAUCUCCACAGGAAUUUGUGCAUCAAUCUCAGAGGCUGUUGUCAGAUCAUGAGCUGAGAGAGAGAGUGGUAAGGAAUGGAAAACUCUACGUGGAAGAGCAUCACGGCAUGAAGCAGGAGAAAGAAACCUACCAGCGGCUGGUGGACACUCUGCUCUGAGCACAAGGUCACAGCGUUCGACCCCACUCUGUAUACUUUCUCAGGAACUAAAGGGACAGAGAGCAGGGCAUUACAUAGCUGCAUUCAACUUGCAGAGGGAUAAUUUAUCACAGAUGUCUUUUAAUAAAUCAGGCUACAAAGAUACAAAUUUAUAUAGUUUUGUCUGCACUGCCAGAUUGAAAUUAUGCUGCAGAGCACUUUGAGCCAAAGACCUAUAAGAAAAAUUUUAAUAAAUUUGUAUGUAUUUGAAA